AUGGGCUCCACACUAUCAGUUGUGAAGACGUUGAUUGUGCCGGCUCUCAUCUCGCUAAUUCUUUUUCUUGUCUCGACCUACAUCCUGAUCCCACUGUGGCGCCAAUACCGAAGUCGCUACAGUCAUUAUCUCCCACUCGAGACGAUAUCAGACCGCACGUCGUCCCUCCGAAGCAGGGUACAAGAUGCGAUAGCACGAUGGAUUGUACCGUCGCAGUGGCGCAUGGGAAUGCGCGAACGUCUGGUGAUCGCCGACGGCGAUUCUGAUGUGGGUUUCAGCUCAGAUGAGGGUGAAGAGCUUGAUGUGGUGGUGGGCGAGGAUCGGAGGAGGGCGCUUUCGCUCGAUACACGGACCGAACAAACGGACAGUAUGAUGAGGUUGAGUCGAGAUCUCGAAGAGGGCUUCAUGGACGAUAGCGAUGACGAAGCGGCUCCACGGCAGAGGGGUCGCUAA